AUGGAGCUGGUGGGCGAGGCCCGGCCCCUGCUGCCGCCGCCGGGUCCCGCCGGGCUCUCCUCCGCCGGCGCCGUCUGCAUCCUGCUCAAGUCGGCGCUGGGCGCGGGGCUGCUGAGCUUCCCCUGGGCCUUCGGCAGGGCUGGCGGAGCUAUCCCGGCGCUCCUGGUAGAGCUGGGCUCGCUGGUCUUCCUGGUGAGCGGGCUGGUGGUGCUGGGCUAUGCAGCAGCCCUCAGCGCCCAGCCCACCUACCAGGGGGUGGUCCGGGUGGUGUGCGGGACAGCAGCGGGGAAGCUCUGCGAGGUCUGCUUCCUUCUCAACCUCUUCAUGAUCUCUGUGGCCCUCCUCAGGGUGGUGGGUGACCAGCUGGAGAAAUUGUGUGACUCCCUGUACCCCAAUGGGACUCUGAGUGGGGUCCUCCUGUCACCCCCUUGGUAUGCAGACCAGCGCUUCACCCUCUCAGCUCUCUGUGUCUUCGUCAUCUUCCCACUCUCUGUCCCCAAGGAGAUUGGCUUCCAGAAGUACUCCAGCAUCCUAGGUUCGUUGGCUGCCUGUUACCUCACCCUGGUCAUCAUCCUGAAAUACUACCUUCAGGCAGAGAGCCUGGGCUCUCAUGAGCCCUCCCAGCCCUCCAGGGCAUCCUCCUGGAUCUCCAUUUUUAGCGUCAUCCCCACCAUCUGUUUCGGUUUCCAGUGCCACGAGGCCUGUGUGACCAUCUACAGCAGCAUGCGCAACCAGAGCUUGUCACACUGGGUCACUGUCUCUGUGGUCUCCAUGCUCAUCUGCCUGCUCAUCUACUCCCUCACAGGGUUCUAUGGCUACCUGACCUUUGGAGAGGCUGCGGCACCUGAUGUCCUAAUGUCCUACCCAGGGAACGACCCUGUUGUCAUUGUCGCCCGCCUGCUUUUUGGUGUCUCCAUCAUUACCAUCUACCCCAUUGUGGUGCUGCUGGGCAGGUCGGUGGUACGGGAUGUGUGGGUGACCCCCAAGCAUAGAGCCAUGGCAGUGCCUGAGGCGCAGGAGCAGCGGAGCCGGGUAGUACUGACAGUCACCUGGAUGGCCACCACUCUCGCCAUUGCCCUCUUUGUCCCAGACAUCGGCAAGGUCAUUGAGCUCAUUGGGGGCAUCAGCGCCUUCUUCAUCUUCAUCUUCCCAGGCAAGAGACUGUGCCUGGUGUGCAUGACUGGGACCUGCACCCUCGGGCCACGCAAAAAGGCAGCUCUCAUCACCUGGGGUGUCCUCUCCGUGCUCGGUGGUGCCUUCGUCUGUGGGCAGAGCGCUGCCCUGGCCGUGCUGGGGCUGCUGCACUGAGGGGCCAUGGACCUGCCUCUUUGUGCCCCCCAGCAUGACGCUCCCACCAUGCCCUCGGCACAGCUACACCGCUGGAUCUCAUCACGGUUUUAUUUGGCAUGACCAUCCCCAUUAUACAGAGGCUAAUAAAGAC